CUGGCCAACUCACCGACUACCACAGCUAGACCACCCUCCGAAAAAGUACUUGUAACACGUCCCAUGUCCUGACACCGGAGAUGGUCAUCAGUCAUGAGUUGUUGGUGGUGAGAGAAGGAGCUCAAGACCUCUACUCUCCUCUCGAAGAAAUUCGGUUGUUACUAUCCAGAAGAUGGGGUCCAUUGUGCCAUCAAAGCAGUUUAAGUCCCUAUGCAGUCACCGCAGGCGCUGCGGAGUCACAACUAUGUAUCAAGAGAUUCUACAGUGCUCGGCCUCCUCCACAAAGACCACCCACCUUUUUUGGAAAGAUCAUAGAAAAUUUAAGAGAUGAGAUGGCAAGAAAUCAGAAAAUGAAGGAAAGCUUGAAAGAAUUCCGAAAAGAUAUGGAAAAACUAGAAAAAUCCGAAGCAUUGCAAAAAGCAAGGGAAAAAUAUCAAAGUGUUGAGGAGGAAACAGCAGAAGGAACCAAAAAGGCUAGACAACAGUUAGAAAGUAUAAAGAAACGUGUAUCGGAGACAGUCGAGGAAGCCCAAAAAACCGAGAUCUUACAGAAAGCAAGUAAGCUAACUGAAGAAGCAUCAAAACAAGCUCAAAAAGUAACGCAAACAUUGUCCCAGAAGGGUGAAGAAAUCAGCAGAACCCAGACUUUCAAGACUAUAUCUGAAACUGCUAAGGCAGUAAAAGAAGAAAUAGAUCAUUCCACUUUUGGGGGUUCUGGUGCUCGUGUGUAUAAAGCUCCAAAAGUACUACGUAAAAGAGUAGAGCGAGACCCAGAAGCAGAACAGAGAAUAAUUCAGGCAAACACCGAAGCCAAGGGUAUGGUGUUACAUAGAGAUUCCCAGUUUGCUCAGAGUUGGCAGAAUUUCAAGGACAAUAAUCCAUAUGUGAACAAAGUGCUUGUCUGGAAGACAAGAUUAGAUGAAAGUGACAACCCUGUUGUUCGAGCAUCAUUGCUAUUUAAAGACAAGAUGACUGAAUUGUUUGGAGGAGUCUUUCAACGCACAGAAUUAUCAGAGGCUUUGACUGAGAUAUGCAAGAUGGAUCCCACUUUUGAUAAAGAGAGAUUUUUGUUAGAGUGUGAAUACGACAUGAUUCCAAAUGUUUUAGAAGCUAUGAUUAGACCAGAUUUAGAGGUAUUACAGGACUGGUGUUAUGAACGUGCCUAUUCAGUGUUAGCAACCCCAGUGAAGCAAGCCUUUAAUUUGGGGUUUAAUUUUGAUUCUAAGGUAAGCCGUAUGAAAUCAUUUUAUUUCUCUAAAGACAUUCAGUACCUGUCUGUUUUCUUUGUUACAAUAGUAGGGAACAACAUAUGUAUAAUUAUAAGUUUAUUAUUAUCUCUUACCAUUGGCUGUCACCAAACUCUUGUUCUAUUUUUAACUGGAUCCAGCAAGCUAAUAGAGAUUUUUCCCAUACUUAAAGACCUUAGGUUUGUAGUUAUGAAAAAUACAAAUUGAUUAAAAAUUUGUAGA